AUGCUGAAACAGGCUGUUUCGAGUCGACGAGUUGCGAUGUCGCGACUAUCAAGACCAAACCUAAAGGGAAGAGAGUCGGUGUUUUCUCGUGGACCAGACAUCUAUCGUGGUGAUAUACAAGCCGCGUGUCCAGUGGAUUUGAGCGAGUGUGUUAUGUCGCUGGAAGAUGUUUGUGAAGAGGCUCAUGAAGCUCAGAUCCUCCUUCGGAAUGGAACUCGCGAUCUGCCGCGUAUAACACAAGUGUUGAAGAGCGAACGGAUUUUCUUGCUGGUAGACGAAGGAACAGUGAAGAAAUACAAAUCGGAGUUGACAGAAGAGAUCGAACCCGCCGUGACAGAAUUGAUUGAAAGGGCAGAAGAAGGUUUGAAAACCUUAAUUCGCAAGGAGAACCAAUUGCAGGCGAAGAUCGACAUUGCAAAAUCGAGGCCGUUGAAACCUAGUGCAGGGCGAACUAUGGCUGCUCAAAAGUUGGAACAGCGGCGGCUGAAUAUGUUAACUAAACAACGGGAAAAUCUUGAAGCUACACUUGAGGCUUUAGAGGCGGAAGUCAAACAGCUGGAAUCGGACGUUUUGAAGAGUUGAG